GACACAAGCCAAUAUAACGUUAGAAAAAGACCUGUGUCUUGUUUCUCUUUAUCUAGGUUUAGUGGAAACCAAGAGUGGCUUUGGGGUGGUUGAUAAGGAAAACCAACCAUUCAAAUAAAGAAAACUUUUAAUAAUAGUGUGAUGUACAUGUUGGUCAUAUUCAUUUAGUUCCUGUUUAGGAGAACUAUACCUAUUUUCAUCAGCUACUUUUAAAGCCUUGAUGCUUAUCUGAACUCUGCACUGGGCGUACAAUGGCAAAACUUAAUGAAUGCAUUCCUUUUGGGCUCAUCUUGGCUGUUCCUUUAAUUGCUUAUGUUACUGCAGAAAAUAUAAGUGUGCCUGUAUAUGGAGCCCUGGGGGACUCUGUGUAUCUGCACUUCAAUACGACCUUGAACAGCAGUGUUGAGGUGCAGUGGAAGCAGGGAGACAAACCCAUUGGCAUGUUUAAGAAUAACAGAAUGGCCUUCAAUAAUCCUUAUAUAAACAGGACUGAGAUUUUUGCUAAUGGAACCCUCAGACUGGACAGGACUCAGAAAAAUGAUUCAGGAGAUUACUCUGUGGAUGUGUUUAAUACUAAUGGAACUAGCAUAUUUAAGGGAAGCAUGCAGGUUUAUAUUCAAGGUGAGUUGCCACUUCUCAAGUUAAACAUGUCUUAA